AUGAAUAUGAACAUGGAUCCAAACACUAUGAGCCCGUGGUUCACAACAUCUGCGGAAGAUUUUCCGCCCAUGAAUGCACAAGCACAGCAGCCAAUAGCUACUACUGAUUUCCAUUCAUUGGCGCCAGGCUCGUCCAAUGAACUUAGUGGAACUGUUGGCUCUGCCGCUGGUUUCUAUGACGACGUCGACGAGGCGAACGAGUUUGCUAAUGAACCGCCCCUAUUGGAAGAAUUGGGGAUAAAUUUUGAGCACAUUUGGGCCAAAACGGUAUCAGUGCUACUCCCGACCAAACAGAUUAAUGAACACAUUCUGGAUGAUGCCGACCUGGCUGGACCACUUGUUUUUUGCUUUCUCUUUGGCAUGUGUUUGCUAUUGGCUGCAAAAGUUCACUUUGGAUACAUUUAUGGCUUUGGCGUGCUCUCGUGUCUUUUCAUGUACCUGCUCAUGAAUUUGUUGUCUCCUGAACGGAUGAUUGACAUUUAUCGAGUGUGUUCCGUGCUUGGUUAUUGUUUGCUGCCGAUCAUUGGCCUAGCAGCGAUCAACAUUGUGGUCUCAGUAAAGGAUUUGGGUAUUGCUGGCUUUUUCUUGGCGAGUGUAUGCACUUUGUGGAGCACACACACGGCCUCGCGGUUCUUUGAAAAGGCUUUGUACAUGACGGAGCAAAAGUAUCUCGUCAUGUACCCGACCAUGCUCGUGUAUGCCUGCUUUGUGCUUAUUGCCGUGUUCUAA